AUUGUCGCGUUUUCCAUUAGUUUUGGUUUGCACUUAGUAACAGAUAUAUAUUUUGUAUUAUUAUUAUUAUUAUGCGCUGCGUUGUGUUCGUGUCAUUUUCACAGCAAACUAAACUUGAUUGCUUAACAGCACUGAUUUCAUGCGAGCUUACAACACUGCCACUAUCGAUUGAUAUUAGUUUAAGUUAUCGAUGUAUAAUGGGCCAGGGCUGCAGUAAAUGCACGCGCUCUGCUAAAAAGGUAAACACGAGAUGGAUUUUGAUUUGGGAUUUGCCGAAGAGCCAAAUAACCCAGCUUGGCUAAGUAAUCGCUACUUCCCCAGCAAAUUAGGCGGCCAGCCGGCAUGGCUCGAAUUGGAAACGCUGCCAAGCGCAGCACAGCUGAAGUGCAAAGAGUGUCACUCACAAAAAGCAUUUCUCUGUCAGCUUUACGCUGCUUUCGAAGAGGAGUUCAAUUUCCAUCGCAGCAUAUACGUUUUUCUGUGCAGGAACGCAGAAUGCCAGCAGAAUAACAAGGCUGGAAAUUUCACUGUGCUACGCUCACAGCUGCCGCUGAAGAAUAAAUUCUACUCAGAGCAGGAGCCCUCAGAGGAUGGUGAGCCUUUGUCCGCCAUAGCCACUUCGAGGAAACUUUGCGCCGCAUGUGGUUGCUUGGCUCCGCUUGCAUGCAGCCGUUGCAAGAACAUCAAUUACUGUUCUAGCUCUCAUCAGCGCGCACACUGGAAGCAACACAAGCCGAGCUGUGGCACUGGAAAGCCAGCCGCUGCCUUUACACCGCUUCCAGAGAUUGAAUUUCCUCUAUACGAAAUAGUCAUGGAGCGUGAAUCAACAAGUGAAGCAACUGAGAAGGAUGAGCAAGUCUGCUUGGCCGAGUUUGAGGAGCUCUCUGCUAGUGGCCAAACGGGUGAACUACAUGACGUAUCCGAAAAGGAGCUGGAUAAAUUUGGCAGUGCAGCUGCAGCGGAUGACAAGGCUUUUCAAAGCUUUAAGAAACGAAUUGCAGCUGAACCCGAGCAGAUUGUGCGCUACAAACGUCAAGGCGAACCGCUGUGGAUAGCCAAUGUGAAGGACACGAUUGAAAGUCAGCUGCGGGAGUUGCCGAACUGUGCCCAAUGUGGCGGUCCACGACAAUUUGAAUUCCAGAUAAUGCCGCAAAUGUUAACGCUGCUCAAAGACGAGCAUCUAGACUGGGGUGUAUUGGCCAUAUACACUUGUGCGAGCAGCUGCCCCAUUAGCGGCUAUGUGGAAGAGCAUCUGAUUAAACAGGAUAUAGUAGACGCACCAGCAGAAGAUGUGGCUUAAGUUGUUUGGGUUACA